UGUGUUUUAAAAGUCCGUUUCCGUAGAAAGAGAAAGAAGGCUUGCAAUACGAGGAUACGAAGACCAGACUCAAACAUUGUCUCACUGACAUCAGCUGGCCUUUUGGAACUGUUCAAGGAUCCUAAGACGUUCAAAACGAUUGAUUGUCGUUCAUAUACAGCACACAAUAGUGGGCAUAUCAAGCAAGCUAUAAACAUAUGCUGUCCAACAUUGUUGAGGCGGAGAUUACGAAAGAAUAACGCGUCACUAGAGACAUUAAUAUCUUGUCAAACAACAUUGAACAGCCUGCGAGAUAGUCAUGUUAAAACAAUUGUCCUCUACAAUGACGGAGCACAAAAUGAUGUAUUCGAGUUAGGCAAUACCAGUCCAAACACUCUUUCGCUUCUUGGGUCGAUGCUGGCAAAUGAACUGAAGAAGAAGAUCUACUAUUUAAAAGGUGGCUUUCAAGAGUUCAAGGCUAAACAUCCAACGAUGUGUGAAUGGACCCAAUCUUCAUCGAAAGAUUUGAGCCAAAUGGCUGCUAGUCGUGGUCCUGCAUCGCUGCAUUUAGACUUCAAUAAAAGAAAUGAUAGCGAAAGCUCCGAGGAGUCGGAUGAAAAAUCAGCACCAGUCGAAAUACUUCCUUUUCUAUUCCUUGGAAAUGAAUCACAUUGCUCUUCAAGAGAUGUGCUUGAUAAGCUUGGUGUGACUGCAGUAAUGAACGUAUCAAAAACUAUCAAUAACCAUUUCCAAGGCAGUUUUCUAUACAAGAAUGUUCCGGUUGAUGACAGCUAUAAUGCAGAUAUUAGUCGUUGGUUCAGCGUCGCAGUUGACUUCAUAGACUCGGUUGAAACAUCUGGUGGCAAAGUUCUUAUUCAUUGUCAAGCUGGUAUUUCCCGUUCCGUGACUAUAUGCUUAGCAUACUUGAUGAGCAAACGACAGUACACUUUAGAACAAGCAUACGAUUACGUCAAGGCGAGACGCUCAGUUAUUUCACCUAAUUUUCAUUUUAUGGGGCAAUUAUUAAAUUGGGAACGAGAAAUUAGAACUCUUAAUACGACACUAUCUCCUGAUAGACUUUCGCCUACACCGUCCCAAUGCGGCCUAUUCAGUUACUCAAAUAUGGCUGCGUCAACUCCAGAUUCACGACAGAAUAGUCUUCACAAAAACAGUUGUUUUGUUACUGUUUCCACACCAACGUAAAGUCGAUGAUGAGUGGGAUAUUUCAUAGAAAUACCAUAAAUUCUUAGCUAGAAAUGGCAAGAGACAGAUGUACCAGGAUUGGAAAGCUACGGUCUUUAUAAAAAGAAUAUCAUUCAUAACUUUAUUUAGAUUUCAGAAUUAAGUUAACAUAUACAUGAUACAUGACUGGUUAUUAUCCACCAGAAGCAAGAGUAUCGUGUGUAUUGCCUCGUCAUUUCUUUUCAAUCUGAUUCCUAAUAAGGGUAAAAUGAUUUCAAGGAAUGAAGUAGGUAUCUAUCUAUAUAUAUAUAUUUAUCAACCUUUGCAAAAUCCAAAUUGAUUAUAAGACAAAGGAAUCUUUGAUCGCAUUUAGUAAAGUACGCAUUCACGAUGUUCCUAAAAUAAACUUGAUUUCUAGUGUUGCUAUGUUUGUACCAUCACAAACGAAGAACACUCUCAAAGUAAAUUCUAGAGGUUUAAAGGGUCUUCAAGGUGGUUUAUAGGUCGAAGAGGACCUAUAGUUCACUGUUCCUGGCUUGAAUUAGAAGUGUGUAUAAUUCCACUCGAAAUUAAGACCCUUUAAACCCCUAGAAUUUACAUGUAUUGAGAGAAGUGCCAAAAAUCAUGAUUUACCGUCUCUAAGUAAUAAUUCCCACUCUCUCAUUUCAUAUUGUUUUGUGUAGAUAUAUUUUUGUAAAUAGUGCAUGCACAUUAUAUAAUUUAUGGGCAUUAAAACUAUA